AUGGCCAACACAAUCUGUGUGGAACAGAGCACCACGUCAACUUCCACAACUAUCCCAGCCCAGACGACAGUUAUCAGCGGGUCGUCUACACCUUCACCAACUGUCAUUUCAGCGUCUGGCUGUUCCCCUUCAGCUAGUGAGAGUACCGCUACCCCUCUCACUAGCCAAGCUGUGGCCAGCUCGAAUAUCAUUGUGAUUGGGACAGACACAGUGACUUUGCCAAUUCUUUUGAGCACCACCACGCUAAACACGGACGGGACUACUUUGACCUUGGUUCCCACUUCGACGUCCUCAAGCGGGCAGACCAUUACCACCGACUCCAGCUUACUAGUUUGGGGAACGAACACAGUAACUAUUCCUACCAGUCUAACGACAACGGUCACACUGAUUACUAGUGGCGAGACUUUCACAUUCUCACCUACACCAGCAAGUAGCUCUUCAGCAUCCUUGUUGUCAUCGAACACAUCAACUUUACCAAAUGGCUCGUCGAUAUCCGCAGUAUCAUCAACCAUCACAGCUCUACCCAAUAGUUCUUCAGCGUCUUUACUUCGACCGAAUGGAACAAGUUUACAGGGCGACACUUCGACAUCCUCAGCAUCACCAAACACUACAACUUUGCCAAAUGACUCUUCGGCAUCUUUACUGCCAUCGACCAUACUAACGUCUCUGCCAGGUGUUUCAUCAACAGCCUCACCACUAUCCACCACUUCGACAUAUUUGCCAAAUGGCUCUUCGACAUCCUCAUCAAUAUUAGCUACAUCAUCAUCCUCGUCAAGUAGCUCUUCGGCAUCUCCACUACCAUUAGUCACAAUAACAACCUUGCCAGACGGCCAAACGGUCACCUCUAGUUCUGAUUUCUUGUUUUGGGGCACUCAUACAUUCCCCCUUCCAACUAGCCUGACGGUGGCGCUUACACUCACCACUGAUGGCGAGACUUUCACGUUCCUGCCAUCAUCGUCGAACUCACCACCAGAAAGGACUCUGACCUUACCGGAUGGUCAAACGGUUACCUCUAAUUCCGGUUUCUUGUUUUGGGGGACUAAUACUCUGCCUGUUCCUACCGAUCUGACGAGUGCUGAGACGUUGACUACAGAUGGCGAAACAUUUACGUUCCAACCAACAGCGACGAGUGGGACAAUAACAUCAUCAUCGUCGUCAUCACCACAAAGUGCUUCUCUCACUGAAACAACCAGCACAAGCACAGUUCUCCCUCUUAAAACCUUUUCAAUAUGGCCGCCUAACUUCACCCUUUUUCCCGUUUCAACUACAGUCUCUCAGCCCAAGUCAACCGAUAAAGGUGGCGUCAUUCCGAGUUCUGCUUGGUUCUUCUCUAUUUGUAUAUCAUGGGACAUCAAUAUUGGCGGCUGGGAGCUUGACCUGCCACCUGGAAUUUACCCAGCUGGUCCACCUCCUGGAAUUGAGUUCCCUCCAGGUAUUUCCAUAUCGGGUACUCUACCACCAUGGCCUCCUAUCACUAUUGGAAAUGACAACAUCCCAACUUAUUCAUCCGAGCCAAGCUCGUGUGAACGCGAGACUACUGCAUCCCUCUGCCCGACGACAAGCUCAAUCGGAGUGACUGUAUCUGCGGGCGUCACACUCACGACAACGGCAUCGACGAGUACGUGCUCCACCAUCUCGGGCUGCAAUGUGCAAAAUUCAGCCACUACAACAACGGAAGCUUGUACUACGCCAGAAGUGGUGACAGACAUAUGGAUGUCAUGUUCGUUCCCAGGCACAGCUACAACCUCUGGAGUCUGCCAAACCGCCAGCAGCUCUCUCGUUUCAGGAUGUGGUGUGACACCCACGACGGUCUCUUGUACCAGCGGUCCGGCAUCUUCCGCCAUUGGUGACAACGUCAAUGUACGUCGGGCCGGCCUUUCACUACCUGCCUGCGACUUUGGUCCAGACACUCAGAAGUAUGUAAUCUAUCCCAAAGACGGAACAAACACGGUAGCGACCCAAGCCAUUAUUGCUGUGCUCGCCGAUCAAACUUUCGGCAUCGACCAGACUACGAUUUACACCUCUAAUACCGUCACCAUGGGCAUCAAUUAUUGGCUCGUGCCUUUGUCUGAUAUGCAGAUCCCGCCGAUAGCGGCAAGUUUGGCUCCUUAUAUCGCUUCGUUCUACAUGCAAAAUGCAAAAAAUACUCCUGAUCCGACAAUAAGCUGGCUUCCCAACGUAUAUAAGCAUCUUGUGUUUGUAUCACAACAGAGUCCUGUCCCCAUGGCUACUUUAGGGGGUUUCUACUUCUUCGACGGCUCCAUCCCACCGGGCCAAGAUAUCUCUGUGUAUAUCCUCGAUAGCGGCGCAUCGCUCGGUCACAAGGAAUUUGACUUGAUACGAGCAAAUACCCGCUGGAUCACCGUCGGCGAAGAUGUCAACCCGAAUGGUAACGGCCAGAUGAUUGCGCCCGCCGAGGACGACUCACAGACGGACCCGAACUCAGAAUUUUUUUUAUUCGAAGGCACAUGGCACGUCCAUGCUAAGCCUCGUCUCGGGAAAGACCAUGUCGUAGCGUGCGGCAGUACGAACGAAGAUUAUAUCGAAGGACUCAGUAGAGUGUGCGAUGACUUGGCUGCUCAGGGCAUCACUCAAAGUAGUACAACAACCAGCGUCCUGCUCCUGGCACUGCUCUUCCCCCGAACUAUAUUCGUGCGUGAUGGCAUCGACAAGUCGGCUGGAUUCUCAGGCCGCAUGCAAGCACUCCUCGCGAAAGCAGUCUCCCAGGGUGUGUUUCCCAUCACAGGGUCGGGCAACGGGGGAGCAACGACCAUCGACGGGUGGCCAGCCAAUUUUGGCGGUACUGCAAACGGACAAGCAGUAAUACCACAACUGCUGGUUGUGGGCUCUGUAGCGGUCACGGAGAAUGAAGCCAGCAACGGCCAAAUAUCCCCCUCCUGCUCCAGAGAUGCAGCGCAGAACUUGCCACACAUUUAUGCCCCGGGUCUCUUCGUUACGACUGCCGACGGGAACUUUCUGGACGGAACAGAGUACAACACAGACAGUUCUGGUACGUCUGACGCCGCAGCCCUGACGGCUGGUCUUGCAGCUUACUACUUGGUCCUGGCGAAUAGUGGCUCGCUAAAACUGGCCGACAUGAGUCCAGCGGGGUUGAAAGCGUACAUUACCUCGAGUGCGUCCAGUUGGGCAAGGGACGCUGGACCCGGAGCCUCCACCAUCUGGAAUGGUGCCAAACCUGCCUUAGACCAGGAGACUUGCGCGUGGGUGCCCCCUGGGACAGCAGCCAAAAGGGACUCACUAGGCUUUGGCUUGUGGGACCGCCAGGCCACAGGUUCCGAUGCCCCUGUUUCCAUUCCUGUAACGGCGACCUGUGGUGUACCGGCGGCAUUGAGUUCUUAUCUUGCCACCGAGAGUAUUGCUUUGUCAGGGAUUGUGAGUAGUACGAUUACAGGCUCUGGAAUUACUACCAGUACAUCGGUAACAGUACCAUCUUUGAGUCAACCAUCAAAUAUCACCAAUUCAUCAACCUCUAUUGCCUCUUCCAUCCACUCAUCGACCUUCAGCACCGUGAUGUGCAACUCAGCAACUCCAGUUCCAGGGCAGUGUGGCAAUGAAGGAUGCGUCUAUGUCAUUGCCACCGAAGUGCAAAAUGCGCUGUGCACCACCGAUUAUUGUUACUGCGGAGGCAACUUCGGGCCUCUUCUGACCACCAGUAUGUCUGGAUCCGUAAGUUCUGGUUGUGAUUAUACCACAGUUCCAACGUGCAUAAACUGCGCUUCAGCUUCGUGUACAUCAACUAUGAUCCAGCCGACCACGACUACGACUUCAGCGAUUGCUUCCUCUAAGCCUACAGUGGCUCCGCUCACGCUCGGGCCCCAACAAUGCAAUAGCGCAGCCGACUUUCCAGGCCACAAAGAUAUCGAGCCUGAUACUCUAAACUACUAUAUAGGGUUUGCAUGCGCUGGGUCGGCGUUAACUUCCGACACCAUCAGCAGUACUUCUAACCCAACUACGCCUAUCAACGUCGAGGUCAAUGGCGUGUAUUAUUACCUGGCUAUUACUUGGGUGGAAGGAUGUACAAAUACAGUGAGCUCGCAACAUCCCUAUGAACCAAUUCCUGGAAACACGGACGUGACGUGCGGCUCUUUGUUUGAGAAUGACUACAAGAACUGCGAUAAUACGGGCGUUGGAGGCUCGAUUGUGGUUGGUUGUCUCCAGUAUACCUUUACGCCAGCGAAUUAUGGGGUGACUUCGUGA